ACCAGAAUUAUUUGAAAACAAACAGUAGUCUUGACACCAGUCAGCUGAGUUGAAAUAAUUCCGAUUUAAAUUCAUCAUAUUUCUAUCCUCAUCUUAAUUGUCAUAAUGGGUGAGGGUAAUAUGGGAAGUGUUUAUGGAGGGUGCGAAGGACCAAAUGCUAUGUAUGUAAAACUUAUUUCUUCAGAUGGCCAUGAAUUCAUCAUAAAGCGUGAACAUGCUUUAACCUCUGGAACCAUAAAAGCUAUGCUCAGCGGUCCUGGCCAAUUCGCGGAAAAUGAAACAAAUGAAGUCCAUUUCAAAGAAAUCCCAUCUCAUGUUUUACAAAAAGUAUGCCAGUAUUUUAUAUACAAGGUUAAAUAUACAAACAGCGACGUUGAAAUUCCCGAAUUUCCAAUCGCUCCAGAAGUUGCUUUGGAGUUACUGAUGGCUGCUAACUUCUUAGACUGUUGAGCAAAGUGGCAACAACAGCCAGCAAAAAUUAAACUCUCAGUGGGCGAAGUAUUAUUGUGUUACUUUAAACCAUAAUAAAGUGAAGUUUUUUUCAUUUGAA